UGCUAUCUGCGCGGCUUUGGAACGGAGCUCGAUCCCACGCUGGGUGUCAGCAUACUGAUCGACCUCUCCGAGAACAACUAUGCCAUCAGCCAGUAUCAGCUUGGCCUCUGCUAUCUCAAAGGCGAAGGCGUCGACAUUGACUACGGAAAGGCCGUGGAGUGGCUCACCCCCGCCGCAGAUCAAGGCAAUACUUUUGCUCAGUACCACCUUGGUCGCUGCUACCAAUGUGGAGAAGGCGUCAAAAAGAACAACACCCGGGCCUUUGGACUGUACGCUGCCGCGGCGGAAGACGGCCUCGUCGCUGCCCAAAUGAGUCUAGGUCACUGCUACAGAUACGGUAUAGGCGUCGAGCCGGCCUACGACUUGAUUGUCCAGUGGUAUACCAAGGCGGCCGAAUCCGGAAAUGUGGAUGCGCAACUCUGCCUUGCCAAUUUCCACUGCUCGGAAAGUGGCUUCCACAACCACGGACUUGCUCUCCCAUGGUAUACUAGGCUCUCCGAUCAAGGUCAUCCCGAGAGUCAGUGCAUCCUGGCCGGCAUGUAUCUUGAUGGAACCGGAGUCGCAAUGGACAAAGUCAGGGCUACAGCCCUCUACACCAAGUCUGCCAACCAGGGAAACAUGUAUGCACAGAACAUGCUCGGUCGGUGCUACCAACUAGGAUGGGGGGUUUCCAAGGAUCUUCCUCUCGCGAUACACUACUACCAGUUGGCUGCCGAUCAAGGCCUCGAUCUUGCCCAAAACAACCUCGGAUGCUGUCAUCUCGAUGGUGUUGGCGUGACUAAGGACGCGCGAAUGGCUGUGACUCUGUUCACAGCGGCAGCCGAGCAAGCCAACGCCGACGCCCAACUUCACCUGGCUCGGUGUUAUGAGCGUGGAAUCGGUGUCAAGAAGGAGUGUGCCAAGGCGUACGAGUGGUACUGCAAGGCGGCAGAUCAAGGACAGGCGGAGGCUCGUGCAAGAGCAGAGUCUAUGAAGGCGAAAGGGUGCUUGGUCAUGUGA